UUGGCUCAACCAUACUUUCUCUGCGCAUGCGCAGCGUGGCACUUGGCUACGUAUCUGGUGGUUUUAUAUUCAGUAUCUUCUACGACGUCGAAGGUAUCACUUGUUUUGUUUGUGUAUAAAUUCUCAUCCACCGUGUAUAGGACUACAAAAUUAAAAGUAAAAGUAGAGGGCCUACCUGAGCUGCGCGAAACAGUAAAUUCUGGAUUGACUUGGACCGCUUUACAAAUAAAAUCAGCGUGUCCCCAAAAAAGGAAAAAGCUCGACGAAGAAAGUAGAGAAAGUGAAAAGAGUGGAGGAGACGAUACAGACGAUCCAUCGGCAACUCCAAGAAUAGCUCCAAAAACAGAUUCGAAAACAGAUUCGAAAACAGAUUCAGAAACAGAUCCAAAAACAUCUCCAUAUACAUCUCCUGGUCAAAUUUGUCCGCCUGUUAAGCCUCGUUGUUUUAUCAAAAUGCAGGAUCCUUGUGCGCCGUGCUGUUGCGAAACAAAACCGAAACCUCUACCUUGUCCACCUGGUCCUCAAGAGCCACGUGAACCAAUAUGUGGUUGCGAACUUUGUCAGAAAAAUCCGAACCACGAGAAAUGUUGCGAUAAAAAUAAAACUUUGCGUGGUAUAACUAUUGAUCGUGGAUAUUUUGAAAAGGCAUAAAAAUUGGUUCGAAUGAAGAAUAUGAUUUGAGAGCUGCCUUAGUUCUUCCUGGUGUAAAAAUAAAACUAGAUAUGCCUUAGGAAUCUUAGAACCAAUCUUAUCGAUACUGUAUCUUCGUUUACGUGGGUGAGUAGAGCGCAGUUUUGUAACCAGCCGCGCCCAAUAGACAAACGAUUUCAAGUGCGAAGGCUGAGCUGCUUCAUUUCAUCAGUUUGUUAGGUGUGUAAGUGGCAUACAACGAAUCUUCAGCUGUAUUGCAAGAAGUAGAUGUUCUAGAUUAUCUUAUCCAAGAGAUAACACUGAUCAACUGCGCGGGAGUAUCAGGAUUUGUUUACAGCAUUUAAAAUUCAGAUUGACGAUAUAUUUCUAAGAAAUAACAAAUAAAACAAACAUGAGAAAAUAGUAUAUUACACAAGAUAUAAUACAUCAUCUUUAUUUAUGUUCUGUGUAAUUAAAACGAUCGAAAAAACAUUGCUCUUCAAAGAAAAGAGAAACGG